UCAGCUCCUCUCUCAUUCAUUCUUUAGUUUCCAGAUAUGGGUUCUUGUUCUGGUGUUGUUUCAAUGGCGUUCAUGGCUUGUCUGGUCAUGAACUGUUUGUUCUUCGUUGCCUAUGGUGGUGAUUUUUACCAGAAUUUCGAUUUAACAUGGGGUGACAAAAGGGGCAAGAUUUUCAAUGGUGGGAAGCUCUUGUCUUUGUCGUUGGACAAGGUUUCGGGGUCGGGUUUUCAGUCUAAGAAAGAGUACUUGUUCGGGAGAAUCGAUAUGCAGCUCAAGCUCGUGGCUGGCAACUCGGCUGGCACGGUUACUGCUUAUUAUCUGUCUUCUCAAGGACCAACGCAUGAUGAGAUCGACUUUGAAUUCUUGGGGAAUCUUAGUGGUGACCCCUACAUAUUGCACACCAAUGUCUUCACACAAGGCAAAGGGAACAGAGAACAACAAUUCUAUCUAUGGUUCGACCCAACAAGAAACUUCCAUACAUAUUCCAUCAUUUGGAAGCCCCAACACAUAAUUUUCUUGGUGGAUAAAAUUCCCAUCAGAGUAUUCAAAAACGCCGAAGCAAUCGGUGUACCGUUCCCCAAGAGCCAACCCAUGAGGAUAUACUCGAGCCUGUGGAACGCCGACGAUUGGGCCACGAGGGGCGGAUUGGUGAAAACCGAUUGGACAAAGGCACCCUUUACCGCGUACUAUAGGAACUUCAAUGCCAACGCUUGUGUGUGGUCGGGAACCGGUUCGUCCUGUGCCACGACGAAGAACUCGGUUUCCGACGGUGCAUGGGAGACCAACGAGCUCGAUGCACCGGGGAGACGCAGAUUGAGAUGGGUUCAAAAGUACUUCAUGAUUUACAACUAUUGUACCGAUUUGAAACGUUUUCCUCAAGGUACUCCGGCCGAGUGCCAACACAGGUUCUGAAAAAGAAUGGAUGAAGGGUUUUGGGA